AUGGGGGAGUGCUCAAAAUUGGAGGAAGGAUCUCAGGUUUGGGCAAAAGUUUGGAAGAUGAAAGUGUCAAAUAAAAUCCGGGUGUUUGCAUGGAGAGCUUGCCAAAACAUUCUGCCUACACGUGAGAAUUUAUUUCGCAGGAAAGUAGCCCCGGAUGCCUACUGUGAACGAUGUAACCAGGUCCCAGAAUCAGUUCUCCAUGUGCUUUGGGAGUGCGGAGCAGCACAAGACGUGUGGGCAGGUGGUCCCCGUAGACUAAACACGGUGGUGCAUGGAGGGAAAGUCCAGGAUCCUUCAAGACUAAACUCACGGGCAUCGGAAUUGCUUGGUGAGUUUAAAGCUUCACAAGUCCAGCUGGCUGUCCAUACAAAUCCGGUUGUUAUGCAGACAUGGAGUCCACCUUCAGGAAAUUUGUACAAACUAAAUUUUGAUGUGGCAGUUUUCCCAGAUACAGAGUCGACGGGCUUUGGUGCUGUUAUAAGGAACAACAGGGGGGCUGUGAUGGCAGCGCUGUCAGCGAAGGGUCCUCCGGUAUCCAGCAGCGAAGAAGUAGAGGUUUUGGCGUGUCGGAGAGCCUUGGAGUUUGCUGUGGAGACUGGAUUUCAAGAGGUGGUUGUCGAGGGAGAUAACACUACUGUUAUAAGGGGUUUGACAGCCACAAAACCUGAUAAUUCCAUGCUGGGAAAUAUUUAUGAGGAUGCUCGCUGCCUGGCGUUGAAGUUCCGUAAGCUUUCAGCUAACUAUGUUAGACGUAGUGCUAACGGUGUGGCUCAUUCUUUGGCUCGGUUUGCUAAAUUUGUAAGUGAGGAACAUGUUUGGUUGGAAGAACAACCCCACCCGGCCCUUGAGGCUUUGUAUUUGGACGAUUCUGUUUUUGAUUAA